AUGCCGCUGGGUAUAAUCAAGUACCUGCUUUCAUUUAGACCCAAGUAUUUUGACUUUUCUACACUCAUAGAGCUAUGUAAAGUUUGUUACUACUUUUUUUCCGUUGCACUAUUGAUAGGAUCUGUUGCAGGAAUGUUGAAUGCAUUGAUGUUUUAUCAGAUUCACAAGUUAUUGCAGUUUAAUGGCCUUUCUAUCAAGGUACCCUACGUGAAUGUUAAUAUUGGAACAGGGACUGUGCAAACUCCGGAUCUUUUGACUGAGAAAAUGGUUGAUCCAUCUUUAAGAAUAAAAAUAAUGAAGCCUCAGAUAAGAUUUGGGGUGGAGCCGGUGGAGCCGGUUGAGCUGGUGGAACCGAUGGAACCGAUGGAACCAAUGGAGCUGGUGGAGCUGGUGGAGCCGGUGGAGCCAACGGGCCCAGUAGAGCAAAUGGAGCCGGUGGAGCCAACGGGCCCAGUAGAGCAAAUGGAGCCGGUGGAGCCUGCCACUCCAGUUAAGGCCAAAGAUAAGACAGUCACCCCAGAUACUCCAUUCACACCCGCCACGUCAGAAACCCCUGCACUCGAAAGUCUUUUAACCUCUCCGAAAUCAACUGAUUCACAUUCUUCUGGUUAA